UGCCCUGAACUUUUGGACUCCGCCGCUUGAACUGUGUGAAACUCCCGGAAAGAGGAGACCAUGGCUCUCCGCGUGUUGGAAAUCAUCUUUUUCCUGUAUUUCUUCUCUCACAUCCCCAUCACGCUGUUCAUCGACCUGCAGGCGCUGCUGCCCGCAGACCUUUACCCUCAGCCGGCUAAAGACCUGUUAAGGUGGUACGCUGAGGCGUUCAAGGACCCCAUGGUGCUGGACCCCCCGGUCUGGUUCAAGUCCUUCAUCUUCUGUGAGGCCGUGCUGCAGGGCCCGUUCUUCCCUGUGGCAGCCUAUGCUUUCCUCAAAGGCGGCUGCAGGUGGAUCCGGACUCCGGCCAUCGUGUACUCGGUGCACGUGGCCACCACGCUGGUGCCCAUCCUGGCCCACAUCCUGCUGUACCCGUUCCCCACGGGGCCCCACCCCGGGCCCCAGACGUCCCGGGAGCGCUGGCUGCUGGUCUCCAUCUACGCCCCGUACCUGCUGGUCCCCCUGCUGCUGCUGCUCACCAUGCUGCUGUCCCCCACCUACUGCACCGCAGGGGGCGGCCGGGCCCGGGCCAAGAAGAGGAGCUGAGACACACACACACACACACACACACACACACACACACACACACACACACACACACCUGCCACCGACUGUUUGGAAACUGUUUGAUUAAAUGUUGACUUGUUGAAUGUAACUCGUAGUUUUAUCAGUAAUAUAAAAUCAGCUGAUAAAUAAUAAUUUCCACUGAUGUAUAAAAUAAAAUAGUAAAAGUUUUUUUUACAACUGUAAUUGAGAGAAAUGCAGCUUGGUUUGUUUCCUCCAUGAGUUAGUGUGACGACUGCCACCUCCCAUGAAAUGCUGAGGGGGUUUCAUCUGUAUAAUGUUUGUCCAGUGUUCCAUAACACACACACACACACACACACACACACACACACACACACACACGGCGGCGGAACUUGUUCGUCCAGAAGCAGCUGAUUGAAGCUCUGUCAUUUCACAGCUCCAGACCAGACUAAAGAGUUGGAAGCCUCGUUCAUGUUCUCACAUUCACACAUUCACUCAUUCACAUGUAGCUGGAUGCUUCAUGUCUCCUCAUACAGAUUUCUAAAGAGGCUUUUUCUUUUGUCUAACUCUCUGAUUUGCACCACAAGACAGAUCAGUGGAUGUAAAUCAGCAAUCAGGUCUGAAAGGAUCCAAAUAAAGAACAAGAUGGAAGCAGUGAAGGACAGAGUGAAGGACAACGUCAUGAAAGGCAUG